UGUGUGUGAGAGAGAGAGAGAUAGAGAGAGAGAGUGAGCGAGAGACAGAUAGAGCAAUUCAUCUAGGGAGACAGAAUAAGCAACUUUGUUACCAGGCAUAGCGUUGUCUCCUCUGGCACAGCGCGUUAUGAAAAGAGAAAGGCAUUUGGCAGUUAUGGUUGAUCAGCAUUUAUUUUUAUCCUCUUUAGUGCAUUACUGACGGCUAACGUGUUCAUAACAAAUAGGCAUCUUAGAACAAGCAAGUCAUACAAUGGAACAUACGUUGUCAUACCUAACAAGGAACCUUAUUUACCAGUGAGUGAGAUGACAGUGCAUACUUCAGCGGCCCAACAAUGUGAGUUUGGCCAUCGACAUAGGAAAAUGCAUCUCUGGAUUGUAAUUAUAUUGUUGAUGGCUACAUCGGUGGGCAUCGUUGAAAUGUUUGACAAUUAUGGAGAGAUAUGUCGAAGAUUGUGUGCCUGUGAGGAGAAAGAGGGGAUACUGACAGUGAGCUGUGAAAGUAGAGGAAUUGUCGAUCUCUCUGAAGUAAGCCCUGUGUACUUCACAACAUAUCAUUUACUGCUCACAGGGAACCUUUUGAAAAGGCUCUCCGCCAAUGACUUUGUUGAAUACAAUGGGCUUACAAUAUUGCAUCUCGGCAACAAUGACAUAUCCGACGUUGAAUCAGGAGCUUUUAAUGGACUUCAGGGAUUAAAAAGAUUACAUCUCAACAAUAACAAAAUCGAUGCCUUGAAGGAAGAUUUUUUUGUUGGCCUUGAAAGUAUGGAAUAUCUUCAGCUAGACUACAAUUACAUCACCCAUGUCGAGCCAAACGCCUUCAGCAAACUGCGUCAUCUGGAGGUCCUGAUUUUAAAUGACAACUUAAUUUCUACUCUCCCCACUAACAUUUUCCAAUAUGUCCCUUUGACUCACCUUGACCUGAGGGGGAAUCAACUGAAACUGCUCGCAUAUUCGGGUCUUUUGGAACACAUGGACAGUGUUGUGGAAUUACAACUAGAGGAGAACCCAUGGAACUGCUCUUGUGAGCUGAUUGCUCUAAAGGCCUGGCUUGAGAGCAUAUCCUAUACCGCUUUAGUGGGUGAUGUGGUCUGUGAGUUUCCAUUCCGGCUUCAUGGGAGAGAUCUUGAUGAGGUCUCUAAACCAGAACUGUGUCCCAGGAGAGCUAUUGCAGAGUAUGAGAUGCGUCCCCAAGCACAUCAAACCACUGAUGCAUACUUUAGAACCACACCAGCAUCAGUCACAGCCUCAUUCACAUCCUCUGCCAUCCCACGGUCCUCGUCAAGGCCCACCAAGGGACCUCGCCAGUCAGGCAAACUAAAGUCAAAACCCACGUCUCGCAUCCACUCCAAUAAACCGCAAAACUACGGUCAAAUCGUUUCAUAUCAAACCAAAUCCCCUGUGCCUUUGGACUGUCCUACUGCCUGUACUUGCAAUCUCCAAAUUUCAGACCUCGGUCUGAAUGUCAACUGCCAAGAGAGAAAGAUUGAGCGCAUCUCUGACUUAAAUCCCAAACCCUACAAUCCCAAAAAGAUGUAUCUCACAGGGAAUUAUAUCCCUGUGGUGCGGACAUCAGAUUUCAUUGAAGCGACUGGAUUAGAUUUGCUUCACCUUGGCAACAAUCGGAUUGCUCACAUCCAUGACAGAGCCUUUGGGGAUUUAACACAGUUACGCAGGCUGUACCUGAAUGGGAAUUUGAUAGACCGCCUCACAGUCAAUAUGUUCUAUGGAUUGGAGAGCCUGCAGUUCUUAUAUUUAGAAUACAAUGUCAUUAGAGAAAUUGUGUCAGACACCUUUCAGCAUGUCCCCAACCUUCAGCUGCUCUUCCUGAAUAAUAACCUCUUGAAGACCUUACCCGGGGAAAUCUUUAAGGGGUUGAAAUUGGCCAGACUAAAUCUUCGUAAUAAUCACCUACGCAAUCUGCCUGUCAGCGGUGUGUUGGAUCAGCUGACAUCACUGGUGCAGGUAGACUUGUUUGAGAACCCCUGGGACUGCCGCUGUUCAAUUGUGGAGAUGAAGAUGUGGCUGGAACAGCUCAGCACUGGCACGGUUGUAAACAACGUCAUCUGUGGCUCACCUAAGAGACUGUUCGGGGAGGAUAUGAGAUACAUUAAGACAAGUAAUUUCUGUCCCAAUAACUCCGAUACCCUUGCCUCCAUGAUCCCACCCUCUGAAGAAUCCAUUCCCGGCAGCACUAUCACCAUAGAAACAUCAUUAGAUGACGACACACAAAUCAACAGUGUUCCUCUAUCUGUUAUGAUCCUUGCCCUGCUCCUGAUGUUCAUAGUUUCAGUGUUUGUCGCUGCAGGACUGUUUGCGGCUUUGAAGAAGAGACGUCAAAAGACUCUAAAUGAGCAGAAUAAAUCCAUGAACGCGUGCAUUAGUUCGUUGAACAUGGAGUACGGUCUUUACAAAAAGGGAUCCAUUCCAAAAGUCAGGACGUCUGCAGGACAUGUGUAUGAGUACAUCCCCCCUCCCACAGAACACACAUGCAAGAGUACAGUCUAUAGCCCAACCCAGAGCAAGUCAGUGGAUGGGUACAGAGACUUUGAUGAGUUGAAUGGGACGUUUCUGAAUAAUCACUCAGAUGAAGAGGCGGGUAGUAACGCAAUAAACUCUGAAUACAAUGUUAGCACGCCAGAGCCACUCAACAAACACUCCCCCUUAGAAGACGAUCAUCAGUAUUACUACAGAGAUGUAGAACCAGACAAGCCAUCAUCUUACAGCAAUACUUUACCUUGCAGGCAUACUGCCCAUUCAUCAAAUCAGUAUACGUCAGACUUCGAUAUCAGACACCAAUACAUGCACCCAGAAAGAAUACAACAGACAAUAUUGUAUUGCACAGCACCAAGUGCUGUUUAUGUUGAGCCUAACAGGAGCGAGUACUGGGAACUGAAAGCCAAGCUUCAUAUUGAUCCCGACUACCUUGAAGUUCUUGAGAAACGUACAACAUUCACCCAGUUUUGAAUGACUUAAUGUUUUUCCCUUAAAAGGUUGAAUCAUUGCUAUGUUUGUUGCAUUGGCACACAGUGCUCAUGUUGAAUUUUAACAGGACUGAUUUCUAUCUUUUGAAACUACAGUAUACAGAUAUGCAGAUGCUUCCCCUAACAACAUAAAAUAAUAGUUAUUUUGUCUUUAUAUAUCCUCAAUACAGCCUGUUGCUACAGUAGCUAGUUUAUUGUUGAUCAAUUACAGUCUUUGCUUUGAGAAAAAUGUGAGGUUAUUCAAUCCCUUAGCCAACAACUCUAUGUAAAUCAGUGAUGGGGAAAAAAUAGAUCGUAGAAAUUAUCUUGGAUGAUAUAUCGAUGUACUGCAUAUCCAAGUAUCGAUUUGUAAAAUCAAGGGUAGCGCUAGUGCUAGUCGGCUGACCCUUCGUCAAAACUCUGGUAGUUUUCAUCCUAUAGCUUGUUCUCCAUCAUCUUUUUAAAUAGUGAGCCAACAUGUUUUCAGCACUUUUAUUUC